ACACGAAUACUGUGCCACUGUCAAUGAUAUUGAGUUUCUGUAUGGAGCAUCGACGUCAAAUUUACGAUUUGCUGGGUACCUCUAAAGCCAUCGUAGGUAGCAAUAGCCACAAACGCCAUAUUUCCAAUGUUUCUAUUAUGACCUUUGGACUUGAGCAGCAAUGGUGGUUUUCCCCCAUGUCAAAAAUAGCAUUCGGUGAAGACGGGAAGUUACAGUUUCCGCGUAAACUGACCCGACAUAAUACACUUAGUCGUGGACCUCUAGGCUUGAAAGAUUACUGAAUACGUCUGGGUAUCGCAAUAUUUUAGGAAAUCAUUAUAACAGGUGAAAUACAGAGGGUCUGGAGUAUCAGUUGUGGUGUGGAAAGUGGACGACGCUGUAUACUUCAUGUAGACGCCUAUUACCUUUCCCACGGAUUUGAAGCAUUAUCGAAGUAACAUCUACUGUUUCUAUAGCAUGACGUGGUGAAGUAGUCGCUGGGAAGAUUUUCUUCAUCCAAAAGUAAUUUCGAGUAAACAAGAGGUGAAGUUGGAGCAGAUCACAAUGAACGUUAAGCUGGACACUUCUGAUCCUGAUUUUUGGAAUCCGUUUGCCAAAACCAUUGGAGAAAGCUGGAGGGAUUUGUGCUCUGUGCUCGGAUACUGUCAUGCCGAGAUUGAGAUGUUCGCAACUGAUGAAGACAGUGACGGGCUGAAGAAAAUUGGAGCAAUGCUCGGAAAGUGGUGCAAGGCAAACUCUGAUAGAGAGUACUUAAUAAUCCUUGUUGAAAAACUACGGAUGAUCCAACGCAAUGAUCUGAUAAAGGAGUUAGAAAAACAUGUUGGAGCUCAACUGGAACAUGACCCUACUACCCAGGAGAGAUGUAUAGCAGGUUCAUGUGCAGCUAUGGAAAAUGGCAAGAAAACGAAAGAGAAGGUAGAACGGCAACAAGUUAAACAUCACGGCGACGGCCAAGUUAAAGCAGAAGAUGUGCAACUCAAAACUCCACAGGUUGUAAUACACUACAACUACAACUACAACUUGACCAACUGCCCGAUUGUUAAAGGGGAUAUGAAGGACAGUAACAUCAACUAUGGUUACGAAUUUAACAUAAAGUUGGUUGGGAUAAAAGAAGGACGAAAGGACGACGGCCGAACCAAUCGCCUUCUCGAUAUGGUGAAGGCAGACAUCGGCGAUGAAAAAUCAGCAGUCACGCCUCUGAAAGAAGUCUUGAAUGAAUUCAACUUAGAAGCAAUGGGUGUGACUGUAGGAUGCGUACAACUUACUGUGCGUGUCCAAAGUCGCGAGGACCUCGAGAGAUUCUGGCAAGCUUACAUUAGCGGUGAAUUCCACACGCGCAUUAAAAGCACGUUGCCUAUUUCAGAAGUUAGAAUCUCAGAGGAUGUGUACACCAAGGGGUGCCGGUUCUUCGAAGGUGUUGAAAAACGGAACGACGAAGGUAACAAGAGGCAAGGUGGCAAACCAGACAAACACGACAAAACAGGACAGGUAGAUACGAAAACAGCAAAUGAUCGUCACGACAAAGACCAAACAGAAGAUAACGAAGGCUCGAAAUGUGAUGAACGAGACGAAGAAAACAAAGAGCCCGCAGACAUGAAAGCAAGCGAUGAUGCUGGAGACAGCACGAAGACGUCCCACACCAUGACUAAACCUAAGGUCUGUCGCAUGGAGAAGGAAGAAUUCGAGACCAAGGUACAUAAACAUGAUGGUCGACACAACAGUAACGGAUCAAGCGAGGAAGAGAAGGCUGGCCAGGAAGACAAAAUGCAUGGGACUGUUGAAAUUGACAAAGACUACAUGGCAGUCCACGAAGAGGCGACAUCUGGAGGUCUUCAUGGAGAAAAAGAAAGCGGAACCUGGACAGAGGGCGUCGUAGCAGUUGGCGGGGGAAAACAAAAUGCAACUCCAGAUGUCUCAAAACCUCCAGAAGGGUUGGACCACGAGGAGGAAACAGACCAAAAGGACACAAAGACUGAAGGACAGGGUCAAGAAGAAGAGAAGACAGGCGAAAAAGACACGGGACCUGAAGCGCAUGCCCAAUGCAGCGAGGAGACACCAGGGCUUGAUAGUAUAAAUAAAGAAGAGACAGCUUUUCGGGAACAGCAAUGGCAUGGAGCUGAAGGUGAUACCGGAGAUGCAGUCGGGACGAGAGUUGUGCGUGGCCCGGACUGGAAGUGGGGUGACCAGGACGGGGGAUGUGGAGGUGUCGGAACGGUGGUGCGAUGCGAGGCAUCGGAGAAUAAAUCUACGGUGUGGGUACGUUGGGACUCAGGAGUUCUUGGCAAGUAUGGCACCGGGAAAGGCGGUGGCAACUUUAUUUUGCGGGUGUACGACAACGCCCAAAGAGGAGUAAAGCACCUAUUCAUUAGAUGUGAUGGCUGUGCCAAGAUGAACGUUGAGGGGAUCCGUUGGAAAUGCCUCCGAUGUCAUGAUUAUGAUUUGUGCCACGGCUGUUACAAUGAGGGGAGACAUGAGCUGGAACACUCGUUUGCAAGGAUAGAGGAACCUGGUGCGACUGGUGUUGAGGUGCCUUGCCGCAUCAGUGCCAGACAAUGCACAGCAUUUGGAAUUUUCCUCGGAGCAGAGGUGGUACGCGGACCAGAUUGGAAAUGGGAUGAUCAAGACGGAGGGGUAGGAACCAUUGGAACAGUAAGUGAUAUGUACGGCGCCGACAAUUCCUAUCGUUCGUUAGUGAGGGUGCAGUGGUCUCCAGGGAACUCCAACGUUUACACGUGUGGUAAAGAAGGGAAGAUGGAUUUACAGUACACGGAGAAAGGAAGCAAUGGCGAAUUCUUCAUCGAACACCUUCCAAUGCUGAACAUGAGCUUCCCAUCAAAAUCACGUAUACAAGAUGUGAAAACGAGUCCUCAUUUUGCAGUCGGUGAGAAAGUUCGCUUGAUGGACAUGGAUUUAGUGCAGCUGAUGGAAUUGCAAGAGAAACGGUGCGGCUGGAAAGACGAGAUGAAAAAUUUUAAGGGGAGAACUGGCGAGGUGAAGCUUAUUCACGACGACGGGGAUGUCCUAGUCCAAUUCGGCAGAUCUCUGUAUUUCUACAAUCCCCGAUGUCUUCAGAAAAAGACUUCAUCUGAUUACAUCCAAACAUCAGUAGUGGAAGGAGGCAAAACUCUUUUUAGGAGCGCAGCCUGCGGGGACAUAAAUACAGUGAAAGAAACUAUCAGCAAAUAUCCAGACGCGGUGAAGUAUCAGAACGAAUGCGGCAUUACCGCACUUCAAGCAGCCUCUCAUCGCGGGCAUCUCGAUAUUGUGAUCGCUCUGACAGAGGGGAAGUCUUCUCUAGAACAACAGGACAAAGACGGGGAUACCGCCCUCGCAUUUGCUGUCAUGGGAAACAAUCCGCAUGUUGUUCAGUUUCUUCUUCUCGUGGGAAGUGAUCCAAACUCGUCAGACGAAAAUGGACUUACCCCGCUCCAUCUGUCCAUGGGCCACUGUGAUGCGACUUGCGCAGAGGUGCUGCUGAACCACGACCAGAGACUCGUCAAAAACCAAGACAUUGAUGGAGAUACACCACUGUUCUUUGCAAUCGGGCAAGCAGAGUUCAACCAGUCGAUGACAGAGAUGUUGAUCCAACACAUGACAGCAGAUGAUCUCAGAUUGCAAAAUAACAAAGGGUUCAACUGCUUACACCAUGCAGCUCUUCAUGGACAAAAGCGUGCCGUCGAGAACAUUCUGAAAGUUGCACCAUCCAUGAUCAACAUUGCCAAAGAAGACGGGUUUACAGCGCUACACAUUGCGGCCGUCAACGACCACACCGACGUAGUAGAAACACUUUUGAAGCAGAAAAACUGCAACAUCAACGCUCUCACGGAAAUGGGGCAGACCGCACUAGACCUGGCCGUUGAAGAAAACCACCAUAAAUGCAUAGAGGUCCUAGUGCGUCACGGUGCAAGGACACGCGAGGGAGAAUUCAUCCCAAGUUCUCACUUCAGAUCAGAACCAGGAAAUAAGAACAGCAAGGACAGCAACAUCUCGGACUACCUCCACAGCCUUGAUCCGAGCGAAAAAGCCCGUACGAGGGAAGAUUUACAGAAUAAACAAUAUGCACAGGUGUACACCGAAAAAGGAAAAGGCUGCAAAGUCCAGUAAAAAUGUGCUCAUAUAGCCGCAAGAUUAGAGUGUCUUCCCUAAGAAAGCAUCAAGGUUGAGCAGAUUUAAUCUACUUAAUAGUGAAUGUUUUCGUUACAUCACUUGGUCUUAAACUAAAACUACAUUUUUGCAUUACUGUACUGACAUUCUACAAAGAAGGCCGACAAAUGAUUUGAAGCAAUAGAAUUAUUAACCGUUCGUGCCUACAGAGCACCGAAACGUGACUACAUUUAAACACAAACAAUGUACACAGGAAUGUGCGAUUUUAGUUGAGCCUAGAGCUGGUUCGUUGCGCGUUACGGUCAACAAAAUACAUUAACAUAACACCGGAUUACAUACACCUUCAGCCAUGAAAGAUUACUGUUUUUGAUGAAUAAUGAUAUCACAAACGCGAAGCUGCAGUCAUAACCCCCUUCAUUCCUUGCGAGUAGAUUACCUUUCCGCCAUUUUCUUUCCUUUUUAAUUAAUGUUUCAGUGUUUGCUGUCAGAGUAUAACCUUUUAUAAUUGGAUUGAAACGUCAAUUGUCAAAACUUGUGAAUUCAAAAUUACAGCCCCAAUCACGAGUGCUCAAAGGAUUAUUAUGAAAAUCAAACUGCCAAAUUUCAUUUUGGGAGGCAAGGAAGAAAGUCAUAAACCUAAUCGAAACUUCUACACGUAUUUCAUUCUCUUUAAAAGUGAUAAAUAAAAAAAAAUGGUUCGUCAAACAAAACGCGUAAAUUAAAAGCUAUGACUAACGCGUGUCAUAAUUAUGGUGGUGAGUUUCCUCAAGAAAAGUCGAGAACAGUCCGUAACACGCAUGAUUCAGGGAUAGGAUGUGUUUCUGCGCUAGAGCAGCUCGCAGUUGAACAUCUCUGUUUAUAUCGUCCGUUGAUUUGAACCUGAAGUGUAAUGCACACGAACGGAGUUCAGACCCUGGUUCUCGCACUACGGGGCCGUCCAUAAAGUACAUAUGCACGAAGGGGUGGGGCUUGGUGCCGUUGCAUACACCAUGCGAACAGGAAGGGAGGGGGGUUCAAGCCAGUGCGUACAGUACGCAAACCGAAAAUUUGCCUUUAAUCAAUCUUCAUCAUAUCACAUCAAGACACUUUCUCAUCAGAUCUUUCUCUGUAGAUUUACUCUAUUCCACUGCUCUACAUUAUGAGUUCACGUUCAUCAACACAUGUUCAUUACGGACUUAGCUAUGCCUCAAAUGUACGGUAACACGGAUACUGACAUCAACAUGACGUCGGAUAACAACCUACAGCCAUGAUGGUAUCUAUGCUUUGAAGUUUAAUAUUAAUACAACAGCUGAAAUCGUUUUGCCCGGGUUAUAUUUGUGUCUUUUCAAAAUUGUUAAAAUUUUAAGAGGAUUAUCUUUUAUUUGUCAUCAGCACGGAAGUCACUCAAUUUCAUGGCCUCAUAAAAGUUGUGAAGACCAUUGGGUUUUUUGUCGAAAUUUCACAAGAUUGGCUAAUUACGGUGUGUUAUAUUCAAUGCAACUUACAAUCCACUGACUUGUUUCAAGUUUGAGUCGCCUGCUGUGUGAGAAAUCGAGAAAAACAGCGCGGCAUGUUCAACUCUAAAUUGAAGGUCUUUUAAUUUAUCUGGCGUAAAAUCUACCGAUGACAGGGAGUUCGUAGUAAUACAACAUCCGCGUGUUCAGGGUGGAAAACUGGCGUGACAGGUUCUCAUUCCCUUAAAAAGUGACAGUUUCAUCGGCUAGGAGUAAUAAAAAAAUCAAAUUUACCUUGUAGUAAUGCGCCUCCUUGACAAUGUAGCAUUGUGGAUUCAUGGAAAAACUUCAUCCAGGAACGCAGUCGACUCGUGUCCGUGAACGAGUAGGCAUAUAUGCUAAUGUACGUACGCGCGAUUGUGCUUUAUGACUGCAUUUCCACGCCAGUUAACAAGUCGAUGAAAGUCUGAAACCUCCAUUCUUAUAGUUGAUUAACUAAUAAUUAUGAACAAAGAAGAAAUUACGUCGGAAACACAAGAGGUUUGAUGUGUGGAAAUUGUACUUUUUGUUGACAAAAAUGCCUUAUACCAAUCUGCUUGGAACAACCGUCAUAUUUGGAUCAUUCCAUUAUGCUCUAAGGGCGAUUUUGAAUUCGAAACGUUUUCGUGUUAAGAAAACCCUUUCCUUAAAUAAUGUUUAAGUUCACACUGAUCCAGUUUGUUUUUUCACCUUACACUCAGCUUCCUAUAAUAUCGGUUUACAAUGCUUUUGGUGAAUUUCUGUCCGUAUAUUUUAAGCAGCUUUUGCGUUUACCCGUUCAUUAACGGAGACGCCCACAACAUUUGCAAAUACUGCACACAAGAAAAUUGGCGCCUGUUAAGCAAGUGAUGUGCGAAGUGAAAUGAACUCUAAGUUAUACGAUGGUCGACCGACCAUCGUAAAAAAACAAGAGCAAGAUUUCUUUUUUCUCCAAAGCUAAAGAGUUUUUGGCGGAAAUAUUUCACAGAUUCAUUGAAAAUGUUAUGCACUUUCUUUCAAAUAAGAUAUUUGAGGAUUGGGUAUAAGGUAGUCCGAUUUUUGGGAUUUUUACCAACGGUGUACACUGUUGUACAAAACGGUGUACAAAGAACAGUUUGAAAUCAAUUUCCAGAAACGCAUCGCAUUUGCAGUUGUAAAAACAAAGGCAUAAAAAUUGAUAGUACGUAACGCAGUGUUUUUACUUAAUAGCUUCAUUGAAUAGUUCUUACUGUCGCAAAUCAAAUAAAUAUACAUGUAUAAGCUCUUUGGUAGCUAAAAGAUAGUUAAAAGUGAACAUAGCAAAAUGUAAAAACGAACUAACAAAGGGAACUUGAAAAAAUCAACUAGCAUCAAAACAGGUGAAGUUAUGGUACAUCUGUCGGCUGUGUAGCUUUGUUUGCUAUGUAAAGCAAAGAAUAAUAGGUUAGUAUUGAACCAGAUUGUUAAAGCCGGCUAUUUUAUGCAGUUUCUUUCACGUGCCCUCUGUAAUUCUAUGCAAAACUCGUGACCUAUGGUUAAGAGGUAUUGGCAGUUUCGUAGUUAAACAAGUUUUUUAAAGCAGCUAUAGCAUUCUAUACUCAGUCCAGUGGCAUAUUCACUUUCUUUAAAUGCGUUUUAACUGAUCAGCUAAAUGAAUGUGUAAUGGUAAUGGAACAGGUUUGAGCAUAAAGGAUCAUGUAACCUGUAGGAUAGUCGCCGAUUGAAAAUACUGCAACGACCCACAAGUUAAAUUUUAACAGUAUGAAGAAAUAGCUUGUUUUACAACUGAUUAAUUCUCCUUUUGCAUGUUUCGAUAACUGAACACGAGGACAACACAACUGAUUGACGAAAGUUUCACCUUUAACACACAGAGAGUCACUCGACACACAGCGGAACUCGAAAUUAAAAAAGAAAAUGCCAACAGAUCAAAAACCAUUUUACGAUCCCUUCCUGUCCGUCAAAAAAAGAAAUUAUUGUAGAAACUUUUGUUAAUUACUACCUUUGUGUUCCCAGAUUUUCCCCCCAUACAAGUUGUUUAUGAAAUCUGUUGGUGUGUUUCCUUUUGUCUAUUUAAUAAAUCAUAUUCGCAAAUAAAACACUCGUGUCAAGA